ACUGUCAUCUACUGGCACGAAUGGGAACCGGUGACGCGGGAAGACGAGGGCUGGUACCGCUGCAGAGGCAGAAGCGAAUUGGGCUGGGGAAGGCAAUCGCCCAGGUUGAACGUCCUUGUAAAGGGUGAGUGUGACGAGCCAACAAGCUUCUUUUUUUCAUGGUUAAAAAAAGUAAAAAGACGACUGGCCUGA